AAGCUGAUGUGGGUUUUUUUUAAAAUAAAACACUGUACGUUGCUCUUCUGAUGACUUUUUCAUAUUGUUUACUUUUGUAACCCUUCCCUGUGGACUGGGAGCCAGAAAUGACGUCCACCCCUCGUCCAGCAUCAGAGAAUAAGAACUUCAGAGGAAGGAAUGCAACUUCAGAAAGAGCAAGCCACAGACGCUAAUGGGGAGCAGAGGCAAAGCUGCAGGUUAACAAGUUCUUUGCAAGAGAAGCCCAGACACCCUCACUGCUCUUGAAUCCAAGCAUGGUUUCGGCUCGAACCUUCGUUUUCCUCCUAAGCCUCUGGUGUCCCUUUGCAUCAAGUCAGAUGACGAGUACAGGAGGCAGGGAUGUGGAGCGCCAGAUGCUUGCGGAGAUGAGAGAAACCAACCUGGCACUGAAGGAAGUCACCGAUUUGCUGAAGCAGCAGAUUAAGGAGAUCGUAUUCCUGAAAAACACAGUCAUGGAGUGUGAUGCCUGCGGCAUAAAGCCCUGGGUGGCGCCGACCAGCGUAACACCACUUCCCAGCUGUUCGCCAAACCCUUGUUUCCCGGGAGUGACCUGCAUGGCGACAAGCUCCGGCGUCCACUGCGGAGCCUGCCCCCCGGGCUUCACAGGCAACGGAACCCACUGCUCGGAUAUUAACGAGUGCAGCACGAAUCCCUGCUUCUCAAAAGUCAACUGCGUUAACACUUUCCCUGGCUUCCAUUGCGAACCCUGUCCCACUGGCUACACGGGGUCUGCCCCCCAAGGGACUGGGCUAGCCUUCGCCAGAGCCAACAAACAGGUGUGUACAGACAUCAACGAGUGCCAGACGGACAGCGGCAGGGUCUGCGUCCCAAACUCCAUCUGCAUCAACACACGGGGCUCCUACAAGUGCGGGGCUUGCAAGCCCGGCUUUGUGGGAGACCAGACCGUCGGGUGCAGGAGCCAGGCGGAGAGACGCUGUGCCAACGGGGCCCUUAGCCCGUGCCACGAGAAAGCUCGCUGCAUCGUGGAACGUGACGGCUCCAUCUCGUGCGCUUGUCCCACCCAGCAGCCCCUCUGGCUGGCUCGGGAGCCCCCUAACUCCAAGGACAGGCUUGGGGUGCGGGGAGGAAGGGAUGGGCCCCAGGGCACCUCACUGCUGCUGCUCUUGCAGGAUAACUGCGUGACCGUCCCCAACUCUGGCCAGGAGGACGCGGACAGGGACGGCAUCGGUGACGCCUGCGACGACGACGCUGACGGGGAUGGGAUAUUAAAUGCUGAGGACAACUGCGUCUUUGUGCGCAACACAGACCAGCGCAACGCGGACAAGGACAACUUCGGCGAUGUCUGUGACAACUGCCGGAGCACGCAGAACAACGACCAGCGGGACAGCGACGGCGACGGGAAAGGGGACGUCUGUGACGAUGACAUCGACGGAGACAAGAUCAAAAACACCGUGGACAACUGUAAACGGAUUCCCAACCCCGAUCAGAAAGACAGCGACGGGGACGGCGUGGGAGCCUCAGUAACCCAGACCAGGCAAAAAGACACUGACCACGACCUCGUGGGGGAUGUAUGUGACACCAACCAAGACCGAGACGGGGAUGGCCACCAGGACUCCCGGGAUAACUGCCCCUCGGUGCCGAACAGCUCCCAGCAGGACACGGACCACGACGGGAUUGGAGACGAAUGCGAUGACGACGACGACAACGACGGGGUUCCCGAUAAAGUUCCUGAUCAAAGACCCGACAACUGCCGGCUCAUCCCCAACCCCGGCCAGGAGGAUACAGACCGCGACGGAGUGGGGGAUGUCUGUGAAGAUGACUUUGACCAGGACCGGGUGAUUGACAGAAUCGACGUGUGCCCAGAGAACGCAGAGGUGACUCUCACGGACUUCAGGGCUUUCCAGACAGUCGUGUUGGAUCCUGAGGGCGAUGCACAAAUCGACCCUAACUGGAUUGUCCUCAAUCAGGGCAUGGAAAUUGUCCAGACCAUGAACAGUGAUCCCGGCCUGGCUGUGGGUUACACUGCGUUCAACGGGGUGGAUUUCGAGGGCACCUUUCACGUGAACACUGCCACGGACGACGACUACGCCGGCUUUAUCUUCGGCUACCAGGACAGCUCCAGUUUCUACGUGGUGAUGUGGAAGCAGACGGAGCAGACGUACUGGCAGGCAAACCCCUUCCGAGCAGUGGCAGAGCCUGGGAUUCAGCUGAAGGCAGUGAAAUCUAGAACAGGGCCAGGAGAAUAUCUCCGCAAUUCCCUUUGGCACACGGGAGACACGACCGACCAGGUCAAGCUGCUGUGGAAAGACCCCAGGAAUUCUGGCUGGAAGGACAAGACCUCGUAUCGUUGGUUCCUCCAGCACCGGCCUCAAGUUGGAUACAUCAGAGCUCGCUUCUACGAAGGCCCUGAAAUGGUAGCAGACUCCGGAGUCGUCCUUGAUACAACCAUGCGGGGGGGUCGUCUGGGAGUCUUCUGCUUCUCCCAGGAGAACAUUAUCUGGUCCAAUCUGCGGUACCGCUGCAAUGAUACCGUUCCGGAAGAUUACAAGGUGUUUCAAACUCAGCUGACCCAGCCCAUGGCUUAAAAGUUUGUCCAUCAAAACGUGCUUCAAAAAAGAACCCCGCUCUCCAGUACUGCAGCUCUGAUAUACCGCGGGAAGAACUAUGUAACGUACCACCGCACUCCGGACAGCAGCGAGUGUCACUGCCUCGCUGGCAUAUUUCCUCCAAUAGCAAAUCUCUUUAAACUGCGACAGUCUAUUGGAACUGCAGACAUUCUAGGUGCCGGAAGGAGAUUCAUCAAUGAAGUGUGAAUAGAAGCCAAAACGCUGACUGUGCUGUUAACACCAGUCUUCCGUCCUGCAUGGAAACAGAUGUGCAGAGAUCCUACCUGCUGUGGGUAGAACUGGCAGUAACCGUCCCCUGCUUAGUGUUUCUGAUGCCUUACAGGUCUUGUCACUUCACCGCCUGUUAGGGCAAGCCCCAUGACAGGUGCAGGCCAGAAAGUGUCAGUUUUCCCACUGUAGAGAUGGGCACAAUGUUUGAGUCACUCAUGGAACCCAAAAGGCACUUUAAGAGGGCACCUCUGUUCUGGAAUAAUGUGGAUAAUAAAUGACACUCAAAUAGA